UUGGAGUUACUGCUACAAAUGAAUUAGUUUUGUCACCUCGCUUUCCAUCCUACCUUUACUACUACAAUUUCGUCAGCGAAGAUAUAUCAAGAGUUGAUAUCCGGGGAAUUGGAGCGUUUGAGAAGGAACCUAGAGCUCACGUAAUACUGAACCAUGUUGAGGAUGCCAAGAUUAUGGAAUUGUUUUAGGAUUUUGUAACUGGUUCUAGCUCUUAAGUUCUUGUCUUGUCGACCAUGUGGUCUUUCAACUGCUUUUGUGUGUGUUGGUAUAACUUUUUCAGUUCUUGGAAUGAAUAUUUUUAGUUGUGUACCACAGUUUUCAUCUUAUCUAGAUACAUACCAUCUCUGCUCUUGUUUCAGUGGUAAUGGAGCAAUGAUUGUUCUACAUUAUGUUUUUGAAACUGUUGUCUACUUGCCACACUGUUAUUUGGUUUUCCACUUAUUACACUUUCCGACUAUAGCUACAAAUUGUUUUACUUUUGAUAAUUGGACUUAGCUAUGUACACUGGCACAUCAAAAUUUAAAUCUAUCUGCCUUGUUGUCCUUUCUUAAUCUGAACUUGCGGUUUACAUGUAUGAAAGUGAGAUUGGCUGUAUAGGCUCGCUUUGAACGAGGUUUUUCCUGCCAUGGCUUGUCAUUUUCCGAGAUUGCCAUCUCUCUUGGAAAUUACACUAAUCUAAAUUCAGAGAAUCUCAUCAAUGGAGUUAAAACUGGGUCUUCGUGUCUUAUGCUCCAACAAAGCCGGCAUUGUGUUCCUCAGCCAGGUAUAUAUGUUUUUUAAGAAAAUUCUCACUACACCUAGAGAUAUUCAAAUGUGUCUUUUUGUUUUGGCUAUGACAGGAACUUAUAGCCUUUGCUUUCAUGUUAUUUUCUUCUCUUUUCUUUUCUUUUCUUUUCUUUUUUUUUUGUUAUAACUAGUCUUCUUAUAUCGAACUGUUUCUGAACAUUCUUUCUCUUCCAGGGAGACAAAUAGAGGUUCUAUGUGGCUUCCUCCCAUGUCUGCAAGAAUCAGUGCACGAAGUUGCAAGAUGGAUAGAUUAUGUCAUUAUCAUCCUCACAAUUUUGUUAAUCAUGUUACUUAAAUGUUCUUGAGCAUUGUUGAGAAUAGUACGUAUCAAUUGGUAUUGAUUUAACCUUGAAUAGUAGUAUCAAUUUCGGAACUUGUUUUAUUGUACUCUGACAAAUUUUUUCAUAGAACAAAGGUUAAGGAUGUUCAUAACUUAGUAUGGUAAGUAUGAUGACCCAAUUUAAAAGCCUUUGAGCUUGACACAGCAAGAGUUGUGCUGGAACUUGGACUUUGCCAACUCACCGCCAUAAACCAUCAUCAAAGUACUUUAACAAUUAAUAAUUUCGUUACGAUUAGUUAAUAGUAACACUAUUCUAGUUGCGUACGUCAACUCUUUAAAUUUCCAAUUAUUCGUGAUUAUCUGAACAUAAAAUAUUAAAUAUCCAAUUUUAUUACAUUGAUUGGAGCCUACAGUUCAUCUUUACCUUUUAUUUAUGAGAUGCAUAUGAUCAGAAACCUCUUCUCCUAAUAGAUUAUACGGUUUGGACCAAAUCGAAAUUCUCAGAAAGAGACCCUUGACACAGAAAUUAAUUAGCAACAUGCAAUUUUACCGAACAUUCUUCAAACUAAGAAAUAUUUAGUUGCUUACUAGCUACCUGAUAUAUCUAUGUAAAGAUGAUAACAUAGUUCUCUAGUGGUGUAUAUGUUAAUCAGUUUUUAUUGCUUGUUAAGGACAAUAACGAGUUAAGGAUUGGUUUGUAUGUGACACAAGGCAACAUAAAAGGCUUAGAGGCGGCUUUAAUGACAGAUAUAAGUCAAGCAACAUACUCGUAAAGUUAGUUGACGUUUUUCAAUGGAAGAAAAUAAAGAAGAUCUUCUUCAUAUAAUGAUUGGAACAAAGCUUAGAAACAGUUUCUCAUUAACUUAUCAAAGGAAGUGACAGAAAAAUAAACAGCAAUCCUAAGUUACACUUUCUUGUACUCCUCCUUUUCAAAAAUUGCCUCAUUGGUAACUUCAUCUCCACUCUUUGCCUUUUCUUCGUCAUAAUCUCUCAUACACACAAACAUGUGCAAUAUAUAUAGUCCUGCCUUUUCUCGUUUGUAUUCAUUAUCAACUAAUCACAAAAUAAAAAGAUAUAUAAAACAGUCAAACCGAUAAGAAUAUUAUCGCAAGGUCUAAUGGGUUCCGAGAAAUUUGGAGACGACGGUCGGAGCAUCCAUUUGCAGGUAUUGGAGCUUCAAAAGUUGGAAGAAGCGCGAGGCUCAAGCGACACCGUAUUAGAUUUCAGAAACAGCGUCGAGAAAGGAGACAGCGGCGAAACCGCAGACGCUACCCCUGCUUCUUCCGCGAUCGCGUUCCACCGAUCAUCAUCCCCGCCUGAGCAAAAGCUCACACUAUUCGCUCUCCGCCUUGCGAUCAUCGAGAAAAUCGCUACCUGCCUCGGAACACUAGGUUUCAUCUGGGCCACGGUGGUUCUUCUCGGCGGCUUCGCCAUCACCCUCGAGAAAUCCGAUUUCUGGUUUAUCACCGUCAUCCUUCUUAUAGAAGGCACUCGCAUCUUCAGCAGAAGCCACGAGCUCGAGUGGCAGCAUCAGGCCACGUGGACUGUCGCAGGCGUUGGAAUCAGUAGCUUCCGUGCGUUACAAGCAAGCUCUGUUUCGCUUCUCAGGAAUUUAAAACGAAUCAGUGGAGGAGUCUUGAAGCCAAUCCUCGAAAACAGAUUAAGUCAAGAAACCCCUCGGACAUGGAAAAACUCAGAUGUUCCUCUGCUUCCCUACGCGAAAUGGCUCUACAUCUCAACCUACGUGAGCCGUCUUCUCUACUGGCUCCAGCUCCUUUCAGCCACUGCCUGCGUGGCUCUGUCUUCAUACAAGCUCGUCAGACACAAUUACGGAGAUAUUAAAGAUGGAGAGCUGGACAAAAGGAACAGAAAAGCCGCUCUAAGCAUCUUCUACUCGCUAGCCCUAGCCGAGGCUUUGCUGUUUCUUGCGGAGAAAGCUUACUGGGAGUGGCAGGCCAGUGUGUGUAAUUUGCUUGAGAAUGUGACUAAAGAUUGUGGCUUUGGUGUUACUGGGUUGGUCUCUAUAAAGAGAUUCUUCUACGAUGCUUACUCAAAGUCUGUGAAUGGGAGCAUCUUUGAUGGGGUUAAGAUGGAUAUGGUCAGCUUUGCUAUGGAACUGUUGGGGUCUAGUUGCCCAGAUGAACAGCUUAUAGGUGCAAGAAUUCUCAGACAGUUUGCGGUGAAUGAGCGGUUCGCAGAGGAUACCCUUGAGAAGAUUGGAAUCAACUUGCCUGUCAUUGAAAGGUUGGUGGAGAUGCUGAACUGGAAAGACAUGCAAGAAGAAGAAAUUAGGAGAUCAGCAGCUGAGAUACUAUCAAAACUCGCUGGCAAGAAACAGAACUCUCUAAGAGUUGCCGGAAUUUCUGGUGCCAUGGAAUCUAUUUCAUCACUGUUACAGAAGACAAGAUCUUUAGGCGAGGCUCCUGACGAGAUUGGAGAGAGGAAAAUCUUCCACGACCAUCAUCUACAGUACGAUUACUGUAGGUUCAACAACUUAGGCCUCUUGAUUCUAAAGAAGUUAUCCAGAGAUCAUGAUAACUGUGGAAAAAUCGGCAACACGAGAGGACUUCUUCCAAAGAUUAUUGACUUCAUGCACACGGAUGCAACACUCUUGAAGGAUGAGAACGCAGAGAUGGUUCUCUCACGAGUCUUGACAGUGAAACGGUCCUUGCAGCUAGUGAAAAUGUUGGUAAGCAUGAGUGGGAACACUGGGAGGUGUCUUAGGAAAGAAAUCUCGGAGAUCGUUUUCACAGUCAGUAACUUGAGAGAUGUACUGCGUCAUGGAGUGAGAUACCCUAAACUACAGAAGCUUGGGACUGAGAUUCUGAGCUUCCUGGCCCUUGAGACAGAGGCAAGGGAGAGAAUUGGUGUGACUGGAGGUGUCUUGAAAGAGCUCUUCAACAUUUUCUUGAAAAGCAAGGCACAUGGGGAUGUGAAUGAGAGCCGGGUUAGAAUCGCUGCAGGGGAAGCUAUAGCUAUGCUUGCUUUGGAAAGUAGAAGCAACUGCGUCCACAUUUUAAAGCUUGGAGUGUUGGUAAGACUUGUGGAUGCACUUGAGGUUCCUUUGGUCCGUGUCAAUGCUGCGAGAGUGUUGAGAAACUUGUGCAUGUACUCAGGGCAUGAAUGCUUUAUAGACCUGAUGUUCAUUAAAGCAGCAGCUCCCACGGUGUUGAAAUCAAUAACAUCAGGAGACAACAAACUACAAGAAGUGAUGCUAGGGUUAGCAACACAAGUGUUCAAGUUCAUGAGUUCAGAAGAAGCACACGUUGCACUGACAGAUUCAGGGAUCAAGAAGCAAGAACUGGCGAACUCGCUGGUUGCUAUCCUGAAGAAACAUGACAAGCCAGCGAUUAAGGUUCCAAGAAUUAGGAGGUUUGUGAUUGAGCUGGCGAUAUGGAUGAUGGAAGAUGACGUGGAGAACGUUGUGAUGUUUAGAGAUUUAGGUAUGGAGAGAGAGCUGGAGAAAGUUCUUGAAACUACGGCUGAGCUUGAGAACUUUGAUGUUUUCUCGGGCACGGUUGGUGUGAGCCGACAUAGCAGAACGGUUCAUUGGUUGGCUGAGUUGGCUUUAACAUUUCUCAAGGAAGAUCAACCAUAAGUAUCACAUCUUCCUCCUCGGAAACUCUCUGGAUCAAAUGAACUAUUACAUAUUUGUAAAAAAAAAAUGCGAUAAUUAUGAAAUAUAUUCAUUUAUUUACUUUUGCAUGAGUAUUCUUUGAAAUAAUCGUGUUUCAUUCUAUUUAUCACUUUUUGCAUUUAUAAAUUAAUCUAAUGAAUAAUAUUUUAAGAACUU